AUGACUACAAGACUUGACCGGCUUGUGAUCUUACUAGACACUGGUUCAACGUCGGUUGUCCGUGAAACUGCUGCAAAGCAGAUAGCUGACAUACAAAAGGCUCAUCCUGAUGAGCUGUUUAACUUGCUGGGAAGAGUGGUCCCCUACCUGAAAUCAAAAAGUUGGGAAACAAGAAGUGCGGCUGCUAAAGCUCUUGGUGGCAUCGUCGCUAAUGCUCAAUCUUGGGAUCCAAAUUCCGAGAAUAAUGUAGUGAAAAGCGAACCUGAUCCUGCAAACGAUGAUUCCUCCGUGGCUAAAGUUAAGACAGAAACAGACACUGAUGCCACGGGGUCGAUACAGCAAGUUGCUGCAGUUGUAAAAAAGGAACCUGACGAGCAAGAGAACCUUGCUCCUGUCAAAUCGGAACCUUCUGUAACAACACCGGAUGGUGCUUCCGAUGCUACAGCUGCUGACUCGUCUGCGUCUACCUGUUUCUUAACGUUUGACAAACUAGACAUCGCUGCCGUAAUGAAAUAUGGAAAAAAGCUUCUUGGCAGCGCAACUCGCGAAUCCACGUUCGGUAGUGACUUGGAUCCGCUCGCAAAAUAUCAAAAGAUGAAGGAAAACCUCUUUAAGCGUCUGGGACUCGCUGGCGAGUACGUAGACGAAGAACCACCUGAAACCGAAGCUCCUACACCGAAUGUCCUUCAUAGGGAGAAUUCGACCCCUACCCCUGCUUCAGAAAGCACACCUGAAACUACUGCUGAUGGCCUUCCUGCUGAUAUGUCUAAUCUUUCUGCGCGCCAGAGAAAUGCUCUGAAACGGAAAGCCAAAAUGAUGAAGGCUGCUAAAAAGGUCCGUGUCAUUGACGUUGCUCCAUUGGCUUCUCCUGUUCAAAAGGCCGUGAAAACAGAGCAUAAGGAGAAGGAAGCUGCUGGAUCCAACAUUGGCGGAGACUACAAUUUUACUGCACAGGCCCAGUCUGACAAGCUUGUCGUUGAACAUAAAGCUGCUACCCUCCCCUCAGCUGCCGUUGCCGUUUCAAAUACAAGCGUCUGGCCCUUUAAAAACAUUACCGAGAUGCUCCUUGUUGACAUAUUUGAUCCAUCUUGGGAAAUUCGACAUGGUGCUUCUAUGGGAUUACGAGAAAUCAUUAAGCAUGCAGGAUAUGGCUUUGGACGUGAGUAUGGGAAAACCAAAGCUGAGAACGAUAAUCUGAAUAAAGAGUGUCUGGAAGACUUGCUUUGUCGAAUCUCAUGCGUCUUUGCUCUUGAUCGUUUUGGUGACUACUUGGCUGAUCAGGUUGUUGCUCCUAUCCGAGAGUCAAUUAGUCAGGUAUUAGCUGUUACUAUCCUUUACGUGCCUGAUUCUUCAGUUAUAGCCAUGUACAAGCUUCUGCACGCUCUAGUCUUUCAAAAGGAGAUAGGUGUGCAGCCUUCCGUUUGGGAAGCCUGUCAUGGCGGUAUUCUCGGCAUAAAGUACUUAGUUGCUUGUAAGCAUGAGCUUGUCUUUAGUAGACCAGAGUUGCUUGACAGUGUUUUAAGCACUGUUAUCUAUGGACUUGCUAAUCGUGAUGAUGAUGUUCGCGCCGUUAGUGCAUCAACUUUGUUGCCUGUUGCUGAGCGUCUAAUUGACAAACGACUCGAUGCUUGUAAUCAACUUCUUCGGGUGCUUUGGGAUUGCUUGGAUGAUGUUAAAGAUGAUCUUUCAUCCUCAACUUCGAGUAUUAUGGACUUGCUAUCAUGUCUGUGCUCAUUCCCACCUGUGCUUGAACUCAUGAAACAAAAUGCUGAGGCUGACGAAAACCAGUCAUUCAGUAAAUUGGUACCCCGUUUAUUUUAUCUGAUGCGUUACACUAUUACCAGUGUUCGUCGUUCAGUCGUCUAUGCUUUAACAAGAUUCGCUACUGUUGAUUCACAAGAUGCGACCUCGUGGGUUGACAGCUUUGCUCUUCGUCUUUGUUUUCAAAAUAUUCUGCUGGAGCAAAAUGAGGACAUUUUAGUUUCAUCAGUAAAGCUUACGCUUAAACUGAUUGAUCUGUUACAUAAGAAAAGCCCUGCAGCUUUCACAACUACUUUACAACCUCACAUUGAAGCAAUGUUUCGUUUGACGAUGACACCUAUUGGUAUACCUCGGCAUCCAUAUCCGCUCGACGCUACACUCUUGCUCAAACCUAAUGGCCAGCCGUAUGUUAAAAUUCCCGUUCGUACUCGUGGUCGUGGAUCUCGCGCUGAACGGAAAACUGAACCCGUCCAAAGCUCCAGCUCGUAUAACGUAGAUGAUCCCGUUCUCCAUGGUGAAGUUGAACUUGUCGGCGAGGAGGUACUCAUGAGAAGUCGCCUUCAAGCGACUACGAUCCUAGGUAAGAUCUUGAGCUAUUGGAAUCCGAAUGAGCUGUUGCCCACGUUUCUGCAACCCAUUCAAACAUGUCUUAAUUCACCAUAUUCCUCACCUGUUGUGAUGGCGGCUUCGUUGUUGGAAGAGCUCUUUAAGAUUUCUCCCAAGGAAAUGGAUUCUCAAAUGGAAACUUUCUACAAGCUUUUAUCAGACAAGCUUGCUGCUCCGAAGCAAUCUUCAUAUCGGAACCUUGUUUCCCAACUUCACGUUCUCCCUACUCUUGCUGUUUUGGUACAAGGUGACGUUGAUGCAGGACCAACGGCUUUCAGUAUUGCUGAUGCUGAACGUGUUUUAACCAAAGAGUUUGAUCGCCUUAUGAAGUUGUUACCUUCAGUAACGAAAAGAAUUGCUGAGAAGUCUCUUAAUGAAACGAAGAUGCUAGUGAAAAACGAAAUUGAUCAUUUCCAUGAGAAUAAGGAAAAACAGGAUAUUCAAUGUUUCUCAAGCAUAGCUACAGCUAUAGUUGCUCGCAAACAAUUACCAAAGAAGCUGAAUUCUAUCAUACAAAGUAUCAUGGAAUCUAUAAAAAAAGAGCAAAUCUCAUUUCUGCAAGCACAUUCGGCUUCCUCAAUGGUAACCCUUGUUGACCUUUGCUACGAGACGAACCGUCAAACUAUUGCGGAAAAAAUUGUCAAGAAUCUUUGUGCGUUUGUUUGUAUGGAUACUACGGAAACUCCAGUCUUUUACAAGAGUUCAAAAUCGGGGAUUAUGACUCUUAAUCCAGGAAGUAAUCUUGACAUUGAAGAGGGAAAUCUUGAUACUUUGACAAUGUCAAAAAUGAAGGGAAAACAUGAGACUGCAAGUAGUAUUGCUGCGUUGUCGUCACUACCCGAUAUGUACAGUACUUCAUUGCCUUUCAUUUCCCAAAGUACUCAAAAAUCCGCUGUUAUCUUACAACGUUUGGGUGCUCAGACAGCGCUUCAGUUCAUGGCAUCUGCAUUUGGCUCUCUUUUACUUCAAAAGGUUCCUGUUUUAAACACCUGUCUUUUUGAACCCAUCCGUGAAUUUGCGAAGAAUGGAUUUCCAGCUGAGGUUGAUCAGCAAGAAUGCACUUCUGGUCAAGAUCUUAUUGAUGCAAUGUCUAUUCUACGAUUCCUCGUACCUAACAUUGAUCCCAGUUUUAGUUCUGUCAUUGAUGAUGUUCUACCUUUUAUCGUUCAUGCACUUUGUUCAGAGUACUCUGCUGUACGUUUUGUGGCUUCGAAAUGUUUUGCUGCAAUUUGCACAAUUGGCGGUACGAACUCUAACGCCAUGCGUGUUCUAAUUGAAGAUUUGCUACCCUUGCUUAACGAUCGGAGUAGUGUUGUUCACAGACAAGGUGCUAUUGAAUGCAUAUAUCAUGUUGUGCAACGCCUUGGUAUGGAUAUUCUCCCUUACGUUCUUUUCUUGAUUGUUUCACUAUUAGGUCGAAUGAGUGAUGCUGACAAGGACGUCCGUGUUAUUGCCACUACUACAUUUGCAACAUUGGUCAAACUCGUACCAUUAGAGGCAGGAUUGCCUGACGCUCCUUCUUUGCCAGCUCAUCUUCUUGCUAACCGUGAAGAAGAACGGAAAUUCUUGGAACAGAUGCUUGACCCGACCAAGGUCGAACCCUUUGUCAUUCCUGUGGCCAUUAAAGCCAACCUUCGCAAGUAUCAGCAGGAGGGUGUCAGCUGGCUCGCUUUUCUUAACAAAUACCAACUGCAUGGUAUUCUUUGUGAUGACAUGGGUCUAGGUAAAACCUUGCAAUCUAUUUGUAUCAUUGCUAGUGAUCAUCACAAUCGUUCUGUUGUAUUCAAAGAGCCGGAAGUCCGCAGUAUGCACAUGCGCCCUCGUUGGUCGUUUGCCCAUCGACCCUGGCCGGUUCUCGCUUAUGUGGGUCCCCCUGGAGAGCGUUCGAGACUUCGGGGUCUUCUGGAAGACACUGAUGUCGUUAUCACUUCUUACGACAUUUGUAGAAACGAUAUAGAUGAUUUGAAAUCUCUGGAAUGGAACUACUGUAUCCUGGAUGAAGGUCAUGUUAUCAAAAAUGCUAAAGCAAAGCUUACGAAAGCUGUCAAAAUGAUCCGUGCAUAUCAUCGCCUUAUCCUUUCUGGUACUCCUGUACAAAAUAACGUUUUGGAGUUGUGGUCAUUAUUUGAUUUCCUUAUGCCAGGUUUUCUUGGUACCGAGAAAAGCUUCCAGGAGCGCUUUGUUAAACCAAUUGCUUCCAGUCGUGAUAACAAGAGUUCUCCGAAAGAAAAAGAGCGUGGUGCUCUUGCAAUGGAAACGUUACACAAACAAGUAUUACCAUUCUUGCUUAGACGCCUUAAAGAGGAUGUCCUUGCAGACUUGCCGCCUAAAAUUAUCCAAGAUUAUUAUUGUGAAAUGAGUCCCUUACAACAGCAACUUCAUGAUGAGUUUGUUGACAGAUUGCAGGUGGACAAGAGCAAGAUAGACGAGGAACUCUCUUCUGGAAAGGUGAAGGGAAAGACACAUAUUUUCCAAGCCUUGCAAUAUAUGAGAAAAUUGUGCAACCAUCCGGCUCUGAUUUUAACUAAAAAGCAUCCAGAGUCAGCUGCUAUCGAAGCUCGUUUACAGAAAGAAAACUCAAGUAUUCACGAUUUUAAGCAUGCUCCGAAAUUGACGGCAUUACGACAACUUUUGCUUGAAUGCAAUAUCGGCACAGAAAAUGAUUCUGCUUUGGGAGCAAACGGCGGCACAGUUGGCUCCGCUGUUAGUGAACAUCGUGUGCUUAUUUUCUGUCAACUUAAGGAUAUGCUUGAUAUUGUUGAGAAUGAUGUUUUACGAAAAACGAUGCCAAGCGUAACAUAUCUGAGAUUGGAUGGUUCGGUGGAUCCUAAUAAACGUCAAGAAGUAGUAACGCGUUUCAACAGUGACCCAUCUAUUGACGUUUUGCUUCUGACAACCCAUGUGGGUGGAUUGGGUUUGAAUCUUACUGGUGCUGAUACUGUCAUUUUCGUUGAACACGACUGGAACCCCAUGAGAGAUCUUCAAGCAAUGGACAGAGCACAUCGUAUCGGUCAAAAGAAGGUUGUCAAUGUUUACCGCCUGAUCACUCGUGGCACCCUGGAAGAAAAGAUUAUGGGUCUGCAACAAUUCAAGCUAAACGUUGCUUCGACCAUUGUAAAUCAACAAAACAACGGAUUGGCUUCUAUAGGUACUGACCAAAUCCUUGACUUGUUCAAUACAAGCGCAAAUGAUCAACUGGAAUCUGCUCAAUCGACGAACGACGAUUCUUCGCGGCCUAACGCUAUACUGGAGGAACUGGGUGAAACAUGGGAUGAGUCGCAAUAUGACGAGUAUAAUAACCUUGAUGGUUUUAUCUCAUCAUUACCCAAAAAUUAA